AUGAGCCACUUCUCCACGGAGACAGUCUACACCUUUAGCAGCUACCCGUCUCUCAUUGAAGCAUGGCAGACUACAAUCACUAUCGACGCAGCAUCGCAUCCAUUUCUUCUACAUGGCAUGCUCGCUAUCUCGGCACUCCACCUCGCGAGCAAACGGAAACCCCAUGAGCCACCUCAAUCUCCCACUUCAGCUUCCAGGUCCCAAACCACGGCUCAGAACUUCACGCACGAUGACUACAUGCGCGCCUUUACCUACCACCAAGACCAAGCCAUGCCCGUCUACCGCAGCUUGCUCCAACAAGCCCUGGAUCUCGACCAUAACGAGGAGUUUGCAGUGCACUCCAAGCAGUCGUGGCCGGCGGGGCCGGUCUACGCAAUGGCUGUUUUGACGGCGUUUAUCGCAACGGCGAGUAUUUCUGAUAAUUCCCCUUCCUUGGGCACUGAGAAGACACAAGGAGACGAGGGCGAUCAGCCACACGAAGAGCGUCGGCAUAGCCAUACUACUCUUGUUCACCCCCCUCCAACAUUGUCCUCCUCGAUCUCACGUCCGGUAUCACCAGAAACACCUGCAGAAUCAGCACGGUCAGAAACCAUCUUCUCCAACCUCUUAUCCCUAUUCAUCAACACACGCGGCACACGCGUUAUAGCCAAGGCCGGCUUGGAUAUGGGUGCUUUCCAAACAACCGCGUAUCGGCACCUGAUAACCAGUUCGACGUCCGCGGACGAAGUUCAAUUUCCACUCCCCUCGUCGUCUCGGGAUAGUCGAAGAGAGUGGUAUGCCACGCUCAGAAAACAAAUGCUUGACGAUGUAUUCGACGCCGACGACAGCGACGGGGAUGCUGGCAAUGUGAAUGAGAAAGGAGGAAAAGAGCGCGAACUCUGUGCCGCCGCUCUUGUCUGUUUAGAGGACGUUCAUAGCGGCGCUGUGCGGCUUUUGGAAGCGAAAAAGGAACGACUAUGGCACCUACGACAGAGACGGCAAGAUCCCCGGCCCAUCAAACACGAUUUCGUAUGGUUAUUCAAGUGGACCGCAAUAGUCUCGCAGGAAUUCCUCGCGCUGGUGCGAGAGAGGAGACCGCCGGCAAUGGUGGUUCUCGCGCAGUUUAUGGCCAUAUGUUCACUCUUUGAGGAGGAGUGGUACGUGGAGGGUUGGGUGAGAAAUGCAAUGGAGGCGGUUGAACAUGUCUUGAGUGAAAACAAGGGUGAAUCGGAAGGGGAGAACAACGAGAAGGCAAGGAAGUGGGUUUCUAGCAUUGCAGAGCGGUGGAUUGGGACACGGGACGAUAUGAAUGAAGCUGGUGUGGGAGAAUAG